AUGACAGCUAUGUCAAAUGGCAAUAUGCCCAAGAUGGAGGUAAUGGGGUAUAACGGGAACAACCUUUGGAAGGGCCCAGAACAUCCAAAACUACAAGUCUGGACACUCAGGAAGGGCCCCAAAGCCUGCAUCCGCCUUUGCCGCUGGCGGGAGGACCUGCACACCUGGCCGGAGAGCUACUCAAGCGGCCUUCUUCCCGAGUCGCUGUCCCAGGGACCGCAGAAAUCUGAACGCCAAUCCCACACUACUCUCCUCACCGAGCAGCCUCCAAAAACCAAGCAAGGACCACAAUCUACAGAGAUCCACCCCUCCCAGGGGAGCUGGCAUGAAGAGAGCCCCUUUGAAAAGCAGUUUAAACGCAGAAGCUGCCAGAUGGAAUUUGGAGAGAGCAUCAUGUCUGAGAAUAGGUCACGGGAAGAACUAGGGAAAGCAUUUGGGAGGGUGUGUCUGAUAACUCCCUAUCUCAUUUAUUCACUUAAUAUUCCUAAGAUAAAGUGUAGUAAUAAAAUUCAAAGGUUUGGUUUUUUUUUCCUUCAUAGAUUUGUGAAAGAAAAAAGACCUACUAUAUCUCCAAACUUCAAUUUUCUGGGCCAACUCCUGGACUAUGAGAAGAAGAUUAAGAACCAGACUGGAGCAUCAGGGCCAAAGAGCAAACUCAAGCUGCUGCACCUGGAGAAGCCAAAUGAACCUGUCCCUGCAGUCUCAGAGGGUGGACAGAGAAGCGAGACAUCCCUCAGUCCACCCUGUGCCGACUCUGCUACCUCAGAGGCAGCAGGGCAGAGGCCUGUGCAUCCUGCCAGUGUGCCCAGCAUACAGCCAUCACUGCUAGAGGACAGCCCACUGGUACAGGCGCUCAACGGGCUCCACCUGUCCUCAGACAAGCUGGAAGACAGCAAUAAGCUCAAGCGUUCCUUCUCUCUGGAUAUCAAAUCCGUUUCGUACUCGGCCAGUAUGGCAGCAUCCUUGCAUGGUUUCCCCUCGUCAGAAGACUCUCUGGACUACUACAAACCUUCCACCACUCUGGAUGGGGCCAGCAAGCUAUGCCAGUUCUCCCCAGUUGAGGAAGUGUCAGAGCAGACUCCAGAAACCAGCCCCGAUAAGGAGGAAGCCAACAUCCCUAAGAAGCCACAGACUACCAGGCCUUCAGACAGCCAGAGCAAGCGGUUACAUUCAGUAAGAACCAGCAGUAGUGGUGCCACCCAGAGGUCCUUCUUAUCUCCAUUGCAUCGAAGUGGGAGCGUGGAAGACAACUACCACACCAACUUUCUCUUUGGCCUUUCCACCAGCCAGCAACACCUCGCGAAGUCUGCCGCUGGACUGGGCCUCAAGGGCUGGCACUCAGAUAUCUUGGCUCCCCAGACCUCCACCCCUUCUUUGACCAACAGCUGGUAUUUUGCCACGGAGUCCUCUCACUUCUACUCUGCCUCAGCCAUCUACGGAGGCAGUGCCAGUUACUCUGCCUACAGCUGCAGCCAGCUGCCCACGUGCAGUGACCAAGUCUAUUCCGUGCGCAGGCGGCAGAAGCCAAGUGACAGAGCUGACUCCCGGCGGAGCUGGCAUGAAGAGAGCCCCUUUGAAAAGCAGUUUAAACGCAGAAGCUGCCAGAUGGAAUUUGGAGAGAGCAUCAUGUCUGAGAAUAGGUCACGGGAAGAACUAGGGAAAGUGGGCAGCCAGUCUAGCUUCUCAGGCAGCAUGGAAAUCAUUGAGGUCUCCUGA